AUGCGAGGUGCUCGUCGAUCUGCGGAUUCGACCAGAGUUCCAUCUGAGAGGGAAGGUAUGGAUACCUUUCCCCCUGUUUUGCCGAGAGCACAGUCGUGUGGAGUCUGCAGAUGGGGAACAUCAAGGGACCCUGGAAGGCUUUUCGAUGAGAGCAGAGAAGGAAUGGUGCAGAGGAGGGAUGUAGGUCUGCAAGUGAACAUGGAUGAGGAAAGUAUGGGAGGGUCUAAAGAUGACGCGCAGACUAAGGAUUCCAAGAUUUCAAGUUCAGGAGAAGUUGAUCCCUCCAUUCUGAGUACAGCUGCCAAGAGAGGUAAUAGGCGGGGAAGAACCCCUAGACAGUGGGGCAGAACUAGGAAGGGUAGACUGUGGAAGAGGUUGAGGGAUAGUCUAGGUUGUGGUGCUGGUUCGAGCUCUGGUUCAGUUACUACUAAUUGUAUGAGAUGGGGAACAUCAAGGGACCCUGGAAGGCUUUUCGAUGAGAGCAGAGAAGGAAUGGUGCAGAGGAGGGAUGUAGGUCUGCAAGUGAACAUGGAUGAGGAAAGUAUGGGAGGGUCUAAAGAUGACGCGCAGACUAAGGAUUCCAAGAUUUCAAGUUCAGGAGAAGUUGAUCCCUCCAUUCUGAGUACAGCUGCCAAGAGAGGUAAUAGGCGGGGAAGAACCCCUAGACAGUGGGGCAGAACUAGGAAGGGUAGACUGUGGAAGAGGUUGAGGGAUAGUCUAGGUUGUGGUGCUGGUUCGAGCUCUGGUUCAGUUACUACUAAUUGUAUGAGGUGUGGAAGACCGCAUAAGGGAGCCUGCCGCUAUGGGACUAACCUAUGUUAUAGAUGCGGACAGGAGGGGCACAUGGCACGUGAGUGUCCUACUGCAUCCUGGAUGGCUCAGUUCCAGCAAGCAGCUCCAGUUGCUCUAGGAGCCGUUGAGGGGUUGAGUUGA